ACUUAUUGGCAGCAUAAAGGGAGUCAUUAUCGAAGGAAGGGAUAGAUUAUAAAAGACAGUGAGACCCCAUUUGAAGUUUAUCCUCAUAUCUCUCCCUGUCUCUCUUCAAUGGCUGCCUCCUCCUCGUCCAAGAAGAAGAACAAUACUUCUUAUUCGAAACUACCUAACUACCUCUUCCCAUUAUCGUGCCAUAGUAUGGAUCACUUUCAUCAGACAAUCUCCUCUGACAGCAAUGACUUCGAGCUCGAAGAAUCUGAUGUCAUCUGGGGGUGUAACGAGAAGCCAGCGGGCAACAUAUCAUCACCACCAUCCACAACCCGCGGGGUUGUGAUGAUCCCGCCGGCCAUGAUGAGCAAUGCGUCGUCCAAGAAGAAGGAGGUGACAUCUGCUUCGUUGCCAGUCAGUGUACCGGACUGGUCAGGGAUCAGAAGGCUCGGCGAAUGUGACGACUGGAUAGAAGAAGAAGAAGAAGAGGAAGAUGACGGGAUGACGACCGGAAUGGCGAAGUUGAAGCUUCCGCCGCAUGAGUACUUGGCGAUGAGGAGAGGGGAUCCGUCUUCGGUCCAUGAAGGCAUUGGGAGAACUCUCAAGGGGAGGGAGCUCUGCAGGGUCAGGAAUGAGAUCUUGAAGAAAUUAGUCGGUUUUGAAGAUUAAUUCACUCUAAUUAUACUUAAAACUAAUCAAUGUUGACAUAUUAUAAUAGGUCGAGCAAGUGUUCUUCGGAAUCGGAACCCUUUCUCAUCGGGCGGAAGGAGCUCCCUAUCUAGUCUUAUCGUCAUGGAUGAAAAAUAUAUAUAAUUUCCAAAUGUGCAACAUUUCAGUGGUUGAUUUGUUACAACUCACAUGAAUGUUUCAUUGAGAUCCAUUCCGAUUUAAUUUCGUUUUUCUAAUCGAAUCUGGUUAAAGAAUAAUAAUCUGUAUCUGUAUUAACUUGUAAAACUGGGGUUCGAGUCGAUGUAAUGUCAUUGUAACACAGGGAUAAAGUCACUCGGUUUUGUCUA